AUGGAUUCUGCUGAACCAACGAAUGGUUGGUCUGUCAAGGAUAUUCUAUCGAAACCUCCAGCCGCUCGGAACGAUGUCUAUGGCAGCCUUUACUUCCAUAUUUUGGAACAGCUUCAGACUUUCUGCAAACAUAUUACCAGUCUGCAGAUCCGUUUUUCAAUGUAUGCAAUCAAUGCUGUAGAUCUGCCAGGUCUUCUAACUGAGCGCGGUACUGGAGAGAAGUAUUUUGAUAGAAUCGAGGUAUCAAAUAUCGGAGAUCGUUCCUACCUCGGACCUGAAAAGCUUCCCGCGACUUUCGCUCCUUGUUUAAAGCGCAAAUCACAGAAUCCACACGCCACUCUGCUUGCCUUAUUCCUCAACUCUGUACACGAAUGCUCGACUGCGAAUGACAACAUUGGCAACUUUCAAUCCGAAGCACAGCAACUCAGUAAAUACAUGUCUCUUCCGCCAGAGGUAGUGCUGCACGGUCAAACAUGGAAUGCAGAUCUCAUCCGGUACAAUGAUGCGAGAUCCAUGUUUCGGGAUUUUGACAAGCCCUUUGCGAGGUUUGAGAAGGAGUGUUGUUUGAAUGAGACUACUCAAAUAGUAGAGUUGAAAAUGAAGAACAAGCAUACUCUAGUGGAGAAAUGGCCUUUGAAAUUGAAAAAAGGAGCAACGCAAGAGGAGUUUGAUAUGUCAUUGGCGUCUGGAUCUUCCACCUUUACCAUCAAACGAAAUCAAGACAUCAACAACUCUCGAACCCCAACCAUCCGACGAGAGCACCAAAUAUCAAAGAUGUUGCCUUGCAAAUACUUCCCAACUCCUGCUGGUUGUGGUCGUGACAAUAAAUGUCAGUACCAACAUGAUGCAGAGGCCAAAACAAACGCGCUCCCAUCAAUAGUUUCAUUGACUCUUAACGAUGAAAUUCAACCUCUCAGUCAGCGCUUAAGCCCUCUAUCACACGCAAAGAUUGCUUGUCGCUUCUUUGCCAAGGGAUUUUGUGGAAAAGGUGAUGCUUGUCUUUUCAGUCAUGGAGUUGAAAAGGUAGCUUUAGCAACACCAGCUCUCGAUGGAAUCUGCAGCUUCUUUGCGAGAGGCAAGUGUGCCAGGGGAAACAACUGCCGAUUUCAACAUUUCUUGACCGAGUCCAAUAGUUACUCGACCUUGAAAUCAGGUGCUCAAGUAACAAGUAUACCUGAGCAAAUCUUGCCCACCACCAUCGAUACACACUCUGCUACCUUGAAUGUGACACCGGCAGUCACAAAGAACUAUGAUGAUACACCAGAUGGUAUGCUUACGCGCGAGCUUUCUGGAGGCUUGACAACAUUUGGAGACGGAGGAAAAGUUUACAAAGUUUCAGUCCCAUCUGAUUUCACCACCAUCCGAAUCACUGGUUUACCACAAGGUACCGACCUUGAGUUUAUGGAAACCAUUCUAUCGACGGUAAGCCUUAAAGUACCUCGCAAUUAUAUCAGAAUCACCAGCAAGGGUACUCCACCAUCUAUUUCCGCAUUUCUUCGCAUCGAAGGCUCAGGCUCUAUGGUUAGCUCAGUUCUAUGCCAAGAACUUGAGACUGGAUGGAGCGGAUCGGAAAAGUACGGCAAACUUGAAGCAGCAUCAGCCACCACAAAUCUAUUCUCCGCCUCUGAAACAUCACGUCAAGUUGACCGUUGCAAAAUUGUUUGCUCAUGGUAUCGAUCUACGAAACUAGCAGUCCUCAAAUACGAGAACAAGCAUACCGCUCAAAUUGUAUGCAACAACUUCAACAACGGUUGUUACAGAGUUAUGAGAAAGGUUUUUGAGUGCGAUCAACCUCUUGUUUCGAAAAAUUGGCAUGACCGAGAACACAAGUUCCUGUGCAUCUUGAAAAACCUACCAGUACUUGCGGAAAGAGAAGAUAUUGAAGGUGCCAUGGAAAAGAAAUACAGACCAGAUGAGUUGGUGAUUGGCAAGAAGAACUAUGAAGCAUCGGAUGAUUUGACUCGUGAUCAUGUGAGAUCAUUGUUCUCGGCGAUCGGCCCUCUGGAGUCUUGGGAUCCUUCUCAAGAUCCAGUAGCCAAGAGAGUUAAAGUGAGAGUUCGGUUCCAGAAUGAGUCAGAUACCCAAGAGGCGAUUGCACAGCUGCACAAUAAGAAUAUCGAGAUCUUAGGAAAGGGAAAGCUUAUGAUACAACAGCUCAUCUCGGCUAGGUUCAAAGUUACCACAAAGAUCUAUCGAAUUGUAGCAUCACAACUCGAAGCGGAGAAGAAGGUCUGGGUUGAGCAGCGUAUCUAUGUCGGAGCAUAUCAAAGCACAGAUGUUGCGCAGAGAUUCACCUCUUUGAAAAUCGAGGGAGAGCCCGGAGAAAAUUUCGUCAACGCCAAAGAUAAGUUGGAGAAGAUGUUGUCUGGUGUUAUCGCUUUGGCUGACGGUAAGCCGGUUUGGAAUGACUACUUUUUACAACCCAUCGGAUGGAGUAAGCUCAAGCAAAUCGAGAAGGAUUGUGAUGUCGUCAUUGGUCGUGAUAGAAAACGACAACAACUUCUUCUUUACGGCUCAUCCGGAGAUACCGAGCGCGCUCAAUACACACUAGAUAACAUGGUGGAAGCAGGCCUUGAAGGUUAUGCCAUCAAACUCAGUCUUAACCAGUUUUGGUGGUUAAAAAAUGGCGGGUUCGAGCAAAUUGUGUUGGCUCUUGGAGAAGAUGUUGCUUCGAUUGAUGUCUUAUCGUACCCUAAGAAGCUCUUACUUGCUGGUGGUCCCGAAAAUUACUACAAGGCUAUGGCAAUCUUGAGGUCGAAGAUUAAAGCUACGCGUAUUAUUGUUAAGGAAAAGGUCAAUGAAGAUGAGGAAGAUUGCUGCAUCUGUUGGUGUCCUGCCGAGGCCCCUAUCCGCACCCAUUGUGGACACUUGUAUUGUCUGCAAUGUUUCGAGACUCUGUGCUCCUCGACUGCGACUGGCGACAAAGAGGUAAUUAUCACUUGCAUGAUGGAUGGAUGUGAUGUCGUCCUCUCGUUACAAGAGAUCCAACAGCAUCUACCUUCCGUUACUUUCGAAGAGCUUCUCGAGGCAUCAUUCACUUCGUAUAUCCGCCGCCAUCCUCAGGACUUCCACUACUGUCCAACGCCAGACUGUGAACAGAUCUACCGCGUCACCCUCCCCAUCAAGUCCCGCACUUGUGCCAAAUGUCUCGCUGAGACUUGUAUAUCGUGCCAUGUGUCUCAUGCAGGUCAAACCUGUGUUGAAUAUAGAUAUCAAAAAGAAGGUGGAGACGCCGCAUUCGAGAAUGCCAAGUCCGAGCUAGGCUUCAAGGACUGUCCCAAAUGUAAGACCACCAUCGAGAAGUCUUCUGGCUGCAACCACAUGAUUUGUUCCGCAUGCAAGAUUCACAUCUGUUGGGUCUGUCUUGAUACGUUUGAACGGGAAUCACGGUGUUAUGAUCAUUUGUCCGCCAAACAUGGAGGAUUCGGUUUGCGAGUACCUUGA